AUGAGAAUGGCGUCGACAUCUGCCGCCUUGCCUCGCCUGGCCAUCUUCGAAGCCGUUGCCCGCCACGACGCCGAUGCCCUCGCCGUGGUCCACUCGCUCUCUGGCCGGACCUUCACCUACGGCCGGCUGCUUGGCGACGUGCGCCGAGCACGGGGCCGGCUGCUGGAGGCGCGGGGGAGGUCCAAUGGCGACGACCUGGACGGCGAGAGGGUCGCCCUUUUGGUAGAGAACAGCUACGAUUACGUAGUCGCCCUCCUCUCCAUUCUGGCCGCACGCGCAAUAGCCGUGCCUCUGUCUCCCGCCUUCCCCAUUCCCGAGCUGGAGUAUGUCCUCAACCACAGCGAGGCCUCACUGCUCGUCUCCUCUCCCAAGUUUGCGUCCAAGGCCCAGCAGGUCUUGGCUGCGGAAUUGACAUCCAAGCCAGCUCACGUAGAGCUGCCCAAGCAUACCGAAAGUGCGGAUGCCACACGAGAGGAGGUUCCCUUGGAAGACAGUGCCGAGCCGGGCCAAGCAGGCCUUAUGCUCUAUACUUCAGGGACGACCAACAAGCCGAAAGGCGUCUUGCUCCCCCAGUCUGUCCUCACAGCGCAAGCUCUCUCUCUCCAUGAAGCCUGGGAAUACUCCCCCUCGGACCAUCUCCUCCAUCUCCUCCCCCUCCACCACAUCCACGGUGUCGUCAACGCCAUCCUGACCCCCUUGUUCGCCGGGUCCUCGAUCGAGUUCAUGUUCCCCUUCAACGCCGAUGCCGUGUGGAACCGCCUUGCCAAUCCUUUCCUCCCAGCUUCUGAGACCAUCGACGGCGCCACCACCAACGGCACAACCACCAACGGCACAACCAACGGCAACGACACACUAUCCAAGGCUCCCAAACCCAAAGUCACCUUCUUCACCGCAGUCCCCACCAUCUACAGCCGUCUUCUCAACACCCACAAGUCCCUGCCUCCUCCCGUCCAGGAUGCCUCCCGCGAGGCCAUCUCCCCCUCUAACCUCCGCCUCAACAUCUCCGGAUCCGCCGCCCUGCCGACGCCCAUCAAAACCGCCUGGGCCACCCUCAGCAACGGCAACGUCCUCCUCGAGCGCUACGGCAUGACCGAAGUCGGCAUGGCCCUCUCCUGCGGCCUCUCCUUCGCCGACCGCGUCGACGCCUCCGUCGGCUGGCCUCUGCCUUCCGUCCAGGCCCGCCUCGUCGACGUCGACUCGUCAGAGGUCAUCCUCCCCGGCCAAGAAGUCGGCCCAGACGGCCGCGAGCGCUCCGGCGAGAUCCAGCUCCGCGGUCCCACCAUCUUCAAGGAGUACUGGCGCAACCCAGCCGCCACCGAGAAGGAGUUUACGAGCCCCGACCCAGACGGCCAAGGGGCGUGGUUCAAGACCGGCGACGUCGCCGUCCGCCGGCCCGUUCCAACUGCCGGCCUCAACGCCUCCCACCAGCCCUGGGCCCAGGGACCCCUAUACUUCAUCCAGGGCCGCAAGUCCGCCGACAUCAUCAAGACGGGCGGCGAAAAGGUAAGCGCCCUCGAGGUCGAGCGUGAGCUCCUCUCCCUGCCGCAAGUCUCCGAGGCCGCCGUUGUCGCCGUGCCCAGCGGCGCAUGGGGCCAAAAGGUCGGCGCCGUCAUCGUGCUCGACCGGUCCGUCACCGACAAAUGGACGCCGCUGGAGAUGCGCCGCGCGCUCAAGAGCCGCCUGGCCAACUACAAGAUCCCCCAGGUCAUGAAGGUGGUUGACAGCAUACCGCGCAAUGCCAUGGGCAAGAUCAAUAAGAAGCAGCUUGUCAAGGCCAUCUUUGCGGACGAGCAUAGUGGUGACGAGGCAUAG